ACAGGAUGACCUAACCCAAGGUUGUAAGAUUACUCGUCUGUGUAAAAAUAAAGAGCUUGAGUAACUCGGCCCUUUUCGGUUGGAGAAUCAGUGUGUCUGUGAUGGAGUCCUUUGUGCCACUGCUCGUGUCGGGGGAAGACAAUCUUAACAAGUGGGGAGGCAGAAUCCGCAACACAAUGGCUCGGCGUGGUGGUUGUUGCAUGUACUUCAAUCUUGUCAUGGCUGUGAUUGGCACCUUUGGAGGAUGGUCAGCCUUUGUCGUUUUCUUCUUUCACUUCACAAACCACCAAGCGGGUAUUUGGGCAUUUGUGUCAGGAACAUAUGCAGCAAUGACACUGUUCAUUCACAUUCUGUACAAACGCCACACCUUGGAGACUUGGUACACGCCCGAAAACUUGAUUCAGAUACGUCUGCUUGGUCUUCUUGGGCUCCUUGCUGGUCUUGGAGCAUUUGGGGCGUAUGUAGGCAUUGCCAUCUCCAAUCAUGAAGACAUGCCAUCAAUGACGAACAUUGCAACAAGCCAUUACUUUAUGGCAAUAUGGGCCUUCCUUUCCCUGAAGUGGGGUGCGUCUCUCAUGGGUUUCUCACAUGUCUAUCGCAAGAGGCUGCUGGAGGAGUACCACCCACUCUUGGCUUGAGGUGGACCCAGGAGGAACCUUUCACAUCAAUAGUUGGUUUAUGUAAUGAUUUAUAAACUAAAGGAUUUUAUUUUGGGAUUUGUGAUUUUAAUGUAAUGAAGAUACAUGAGAUUUAUUUUGUCUGAACAAUGAUUAUAUGAUAUGAAUUAGCUUUAAUUAAAUGUUUUUGAGAAAGCAUUUUUAGUUCAUAUGAUUAAUUCAGCAGCUAUUAUGAUUGGUACUUUUACCAAUAUUUAUGAUUUCUCACGCUAAAGGGAGCUUUUCUGCUCCAACCAAAUCAGGCAUCGGAUAUUUAACCUUAGAUACUCAGAAUGCCCAUUUAUUUAGCAGUCUGUUUAAGAUUUGCUCUUGGUGAGGGCAGGGCAUCAUUGAUUGAGGGACAUUUUUUUCUGAAAUCUCCUCCCCUGAUUCUUAGGUGCAAAAUACAAUAUUUGAUUCAGUAGGGAUAAAGUUACUCAGCUAUUUUUGCUUAAUCUUUCUUUUACUUCUGGAAUGACAGACAGUGAACCCAGUAACAUUUGUUUGGUCCCAUGCAACAAAUGCCUACACUUGUGGACUGUAUAAUGAGUGCAUAUCUAUUAUGUACGUCCAUAAUGUGCCUAAUGCUUCUGUUACAGACACCGUUCUUGAGACAUAAUGCUCUGCAAAGGCUUGUAUAUAUUGAUAAAAUUUUAUUAAUUGAAAAUAUCUUCAUAUGUAGUGUUCUUUGCAUGGUUAUAUUGAAGAAUGUAUGUGCAAAAAGGUAUUCCUCUUCUAUAACAUGUGGCUCUGGUAUAACUGAAUAACAUACAGAGAUGAUAUUUUUUGCAAUAGUUUUUAAAGUUUUAUAUCAGUAUCAAAGCUCUGUAUAAGAUGUUUAUGUUUAAAUUACAAAACAAUACAGACUGAAGGAAUUUUGAUUUGAAAUUGUUUUGUGGUAAAUCACGUAACAAUUUCAUCCAAGACUUUUAGUUUGUGAGAAAGAGAAGAAAGUGGUUUCCCUCGCAGGAAUCAGAGUGGAAGAAAUUUCCAGAAUUAUAUACAUGGAAUGUUUUAAAACUUUAUUCUAGAUUUUAACUCUAAUACAUUAUACUUCUGUUUUGUAUCUUGUACUAGUUUUUUAUUGUUUGUUAUUUUUAUAAUGGCUGUUGUAUGAUAAUGAUAAUUCAAAGACAUGUAUGAAGAUGUAUGAAAUUUCUAAGAUUAGAUAUACUAUCUACUGAAAAGUAGACUUCAGGUAAAUGCUAAUAGGAUUCAUAUGUCAGUAUUGUCACAGUUAAUGAUAAUUGCAACUUCAAGUAUGUUAUGAUUAGUUCAUAAAUUGAUAGUCAAGAAGCUCCUGAGAUGGCACUUUGAUAGACCAGUUGGUGCUCCUUCUGUGGUUGUGUGAUUCUAGUGUUAAGUGAAAGAUCUUAACUUAUUGACCCUGGUUUUAUUUCUGCUGCAGUUUUUAAUUUGUUUUGUUGCACACUCUACAAGUGCUCAGCCACCAGGGGUCAAUUAGGAGACCCAGGUGACCAUGCCUGAUUUACCCAUUCCUUAAAUUUACAGGAUUUUUUCUUCUUCAUCUUCACCUUCUUCUCUCUAAUCCUAUUGAGAUCAGUACUGUUAUUGUUAUGAUUGUAGCUGUGAUUAUAAUAAAAAUUCUAAAAUGAUAAGAAUGAAUCUCUCCAACAAUUAAGGAAAAUGUUAAACCAGUGAGAUAGGUAGGACUGAUAAUGGGCUUCUUGGUGACUAAGCACUUGUAGACCUGUGUGUGUCUAUAUGCAGUUGAUAAACUAAAAUUACCAGGGACAUGUCAUGAGUGCCAUGCCAUUGGCAGUGAUUGGGUUGGUGGUUUCUUUUGCUCAUAGGCACUGUAUAGUAGUCAGGAACUGUACUGUCUAACAGGGAAGAGAUUUGUUAUGAAUGGAUUUAGGUAAUGCUGCAUAGAUGAUUUAUGAAUAAUAGUAAUGUUUUACAAAGAAAUCUCAUCCUUUACUUCUUAAUUGCACCGUUACUAAGCUUAAAUACUCUGAAAUAAGUAUACAUUUCCAUAUCUUGCAGUUGAUAGUUUCAACACUUCACACCUGCGUGGGUUCCUCUUUGUAUGGGUAAUGUACAAAGAAUUUAUACUGUAACUUGUGUGUACAACUUUUUCUACUUCAAUGUCAGUAAUGCUUUUUUCACUCUCAAUUUUAUUCUUAUAUAAUCCAAAUAUAAAAAUGUUUUGAAUGUAGUUUUUUCACCAAUUUACAUGAUACCUUGAUGAGACUGAAGUGACUUUCAAUUCAUUUCCAAUAAUGAUUUUCAGCUUUAUUGCUGGCAUUAUCACAGCAGAAUAGAAAGGGAGUUUAUUGAUUUGCUUGACUCUUAGCUAACAAUAUGAUUCAAGAAAAUGGCUUUCAUGCUUGUUCUCUGUGAAUUUGAAUAGAUAUGAAAUGCAAGCAUUACUUGCAUGAAUCUUGCCUCAAAGAUUGAUUCUCUUCUGUGAUUUUUAGAUUAUAUGGUAGUGUAUAUUAAGUAAUAAAGAUUCUAUAUCAUACGUG